AUGGGGGGAGGCUCUAACGGAGCAACGCUUGGCGAGGCGGCCGCUGCUGCUGCGACAGGCGAGACGGUUGGCGAUGCGCCUGCACUGUCACCUUUACGCACGCCUGCGCUGCAGGUCAUUGUCUUGGGCGCUGGUGGAGGACCUUUAGAGAAUAAUGUAACCGCCUUUCUUGUGCGUUCAGUUGCGACGGGUUGGGCUAAGGGCUCGCUUGUUGCUGUUGACGCCGGUGUUCAUCUCAGCGCCAUCAAAACGAUUUUGGAGCAGACGCAGCCGGCAAGUCUGGGGCAGCCUGAUGGCCCGCCACUCCCUCAUACGCUUACCACAGGCCCGUUCGCUGGGCUCGAGGUUCACAAUACCACAGCAGAAGCAAACGCUGCGCAAAUCCACAAAAGUUUGAUAGAAACAUAUCUGAUCACCCACCCUCAUCUCGACCACAUCGCCGGGUUUGUCAUAAACACGGCCGGCUUGCCGGGCUCCCGGCCCAAACGGGUGGCGGGCUUGCCAAGCACCAUCACUGCGCUGAAGACGCACGUCUUCAACAAUGUAAUAUGGCCAAACCUUAGCGACGAAAACAACGGCGCCGGGUUAGUGACGUACAUGCGCCUAGUUGAGGGUGGCUCCCCCGCCCUUGGCGAGGGGGAAGGAAGAGGCUACCUUGAGGUUUGCGGCGGCCUCGCCGUCAAAGUAUGGAGCGUCAGUCACGGACACUGCAUCGAAAGGCACAGCCAUCGCGGCAGUAGCAGCACCCGCCACGGCAGCUUCGACGCAUCUUCAACAGGGCUUGGGCCUGUGCAGAGCAUGCCAUCUCCUUCUCGCAACCUCCCGCCGCACACAUCCCUACCCACCAACAUUGGCGCUAUCCUGCAGCAACACGAACGCCUACAAGCUUCCCCCGGUGGAAGGCGCGGCAGUUCGUUUUCGGUAGGGCCACCGGUCGACGAGUCGGUCUGUGUAUACGACAGCUCAGUCUACUUCGUUCGAGACAUACCCACGGGUCGUGAGAUCCUCAUGUUUGGCGACGUCGAGCCGGACAGCAUCAGUUUGUCACCACGCAACAGGCAGGUCUGGCAGGAGGCGGCGCCAAAAGUCGCCGCCGGCAACCUCGCCGCCAUCUUCAUCGAGUGUAGCUACGACGACUCGCGGAGCGUGGAACGUCUGUUCGGACAUCUCACACCGCGCUUCAUCUACGAGGAGAUGACCGCCCUCGCGGAAGAGGUCGUGGCUGCGCGGCAAGCCAAAAACAGGACCGCCAGCACCAGCGGCGGCGACAAAAAACGCAAGCGCGUCGUCAGCGACGCCGCGUCCCAGGCUAAGCGCAAAAGCACCUCGCAGCCAGGAACCCCUCGCCACAUCGACACCCCCCUCUCCCCGCGGAGCCUCGAUCCCCGCCGCGGCAUCCACUCCACCGCCAGCUCCGUAUCAGGCACCUCAAGCCUCGAUCACAGCCAGGACCUCCUCCUGCCCAAAACCCCCGUCCCGCUCCCCGCCCACCCCCUCCGCAGCACCACCACCGCCGAG